AUGUCCGAUUCCCAGACGGGUUCGGCGGGUGUGGGUGAUUUGGGUGGUCGUGCAUCGCAAGAGGUCGAUCCUGCAGUCUUGUCCGGAUCCUCCUCAUCAUCGUCUUCGUGGUUUCUGCGGCUCCAAAAUGCAAUCCUGACUGACCUGAGUGAAGCUGACGAGCUGAGUGGUGCAGCCAGUGAGGGCGCCGGUGGCGAGCAUGCGGACCCUGACAAUGUGGACGCGGCCGUUCUAGAUGAGCCACGUCUACGUGAGCAAGAACCGCCUGGCGCAGAGGCAGUGCACAAUUGCGAUCCAUGCCUGUUUCAUUUCAGUGAGCGAGGAUGCAGGAAGGGAUCUGAUUGUGGCUAUUGCCAUUUGGACCACGUUCAUGCACAUCGUCCUGCACAGAGGCCUCGGAAGCAGACCCGCGACCGAUACAAACGAAACAUUAUCCAACUAGUGCAAGGGCAUGAAAAUCUCGAUGAGAUCCACGAUGAGCUUCAGGAGGCGGCGCGCAAGAACCCCUACAUGCGCAACUUCAUUCAAGGAUUCCUGGAAAACUCGGGGUCAGUGGCAAUAGAGGCAGUCGAGGGACUCUCAACUUUUGCCCCUGCCCCGCGCAUUCCGGGGCCUCAGCCGAAGGCCGCCUCAGGCGGACGCGGCGGGGCCUCGUCGAGUGGGGAUCCACUGCCUGACCCUACAAGUGCAGGCGAAGAGGAUGCUCGUCAACCGGUGGCUUUGGAGCGAUUUUCCCUUUAA